AUGACCCAAAAUGAUUUUGUUCCCAUCCAGAUUAACCGAAACGAGACCCGAACGGUGGUUCGAUCAACGUUCGUUACUUCUGGAAACACAAACUAUGCCAGUUUGUUUUCUCCAUCUCCGCCUUUUACUUCUUCUUACCGUGCUUCACAAGUCUAUUCAUCUACCUUAACAUUCAACAGUUCACGCAUGGCUUAUCAGCCGAGAAAUAACAUGGUUUCUGCUGUGAGAAUGCGUCAAAUCUCAGGAUUUGUUAACCCUCAUUUUUCUCCAGUUUUGGCCACUCCAACCAUCCCAAACAUGUAUCAUCAUGCUACUGUCCCAACCAAUAAUAUGGUCACUAGCCAAAAUGGUCAUGACCGUGUCAUAACUUCUGGUCAAACCAUUAGAAAUCACUCUCCAAAUGUUUUUGGUAACGCCACUCCAACUAUCUCAAACAUGUAUGAUGAUGUUAUGGUUCCGACCAAUAAUAUGGUCACUAGCCAAAAUGGUCAUGAACGUGUCAUAACUUCUGAUCCAACCAUUAACCCUCCAAAUGUUUUUAAUAACAACCGGGAAACCUUUUACCCUGAACCUAUCGAUUACACUAAAGUCGACACAAAUGACAAAGGUGGUGAAAACAAGUAUCAAACCCAUGUCAUACCAAAUGAAAAUUACGGUUCAUAUAUGUGUCCCAAGUGUCACAGUCAGUUUGAUAUUUCACCAAUAAUAUCAGCUGCACGCAUGGGGUUAGUUCAUUCUAGCAAUGAGACUAAAGAUCAGGAAAACGAGAAAGGACCUUGUGCAAGAACUAAAAAAAGGUAUCGUGAACAAAGUCAUCCUGAAGUCAAUGGUAAAGCUCGGAAGAUCGAAUCGGAGGACAAAGUUCCAGAAGAGAGCUGUGGCUCUAAAACUAAUUAA